CUGUGCACGUGUUUUCUUUUACACAGUGGGACAUCAUAUUGGCCCACUAAGCUGGGCCAGCGAGUAGAGACAGUAGUGGUAUCGGAUAGCAUAUGGCCCGGCGGGAUGGCGAUGGAAUGGCCGCGGUGUCGGUUUUUCGUCCGCACGUCUAUAUGUGGCCCAUUCCAUAGUGCGUGCUCUCAACCAUCGCAUGGCCAUGUAGCUGUUCCAGCGCUGGGCCAUCAUGUAGACGAGCCAUUACCAGGCGUAGCACACUCCGCAUUUUACCCUAAGUUAGCGAAGGCUAAGGUGAAACUAUUUGUACUGAUCCUGUGAUAUUAGUUUUAGGGUCGAACACGUUACGUAGAGAAAUACUGCAGCAAUGGCGUGAGGAGAAUACGACAGGGAAUGUCGUUCCGUCUGUGCGUGGCAUUAUAAAUCUAUUCAGCAUGAUCGAGUGCGCGACCGACUGUAAUCCGUGGCAUUUAAAAUACUAUGGAAACUACUGCGGCUUGGGUGGUUCCGGUACUCCUAUAAAUGAUAUUGACAGUUGUUGCGAACAACACGACGCGUGUUACGACGACAACAAAGAGUUGUACGGCUGCUCGAGCAGCAUGUACGUGUCACCGUACGAAUGGAGCUGCAACGACGGCUACCCGUCCUGCCACGACGGGCGCGACAGGUGCGGGUUGUGGACUUGCGUGUGCGACAAGGCCAUGAUGGAGUGCUUGAAUGACGCCGGGUGCCCUUAGUUUCCAACGGUAGGGGUACAAAUCGCUUGCUAAGCCCC